GAGAAAAUCAGUUUAGCCAUGGGCGCUACAGUGCGUCGUGAGUUCUUGUCGUGUGCCUUGUCUGUACCUGCCAACGAUGCGCUCUGUGCAUACGCGUGAUCGCGCGACGGAUCAUGUCCAGGAGCGUUCUUCACGCGCCUUGUUCAAUUAGGGUCACUUGAUAAAUCGAACGAUCGGUGGCGAACGCGAAGGCAAAGACGGCGGAAAGGCCACGACAAAUUUUCCUCUCGAAAAGGUGUACACAGAUAUCAUGGGUCGUUAUACAGGAAAGAAAUGUCGUCUUUUGACAAUGUUAUGGCUGACAGCUUUAUUUUUUUUAGUCGAAAUCGUAGUUGGUUACGUCACCAAUUCGAUGGCUUUAAUAGCAGAUAGUUUUCAUAUGUUGUCAGACGUAGCCGCUUUAGUGGUAGCGUUUCUUUCUGUGAAGAUGUCACCGAAGAAAUGGUCCAAAAACACAUUCGGCUGGGCCAGAGCUGAAGUAUUGGGAGCUUUAGUGAACGCUGUAUUCUUGGUCGCUUUAUGUUUUAGUAUUACUGUGGAAGCAUGUAAAAGAUUUAUUGAGGUAGAAGAGAUACAUGAAGCUAAACUGUUGGUCGGAGUUGGGGCACUUGGUCUGUUGGUGAAUGUGAUAGGUUUAUGUUUAUUCCAUGAACAUGGAAGUGCUCAUGGUCACUCGCAUGGUAUAUCUCGAAGUCAUAAUAGACUAAGCACUUUGGUAGGCACAGACGAUAACGAAAAUGACGAAGCUUAUAGACCUUCGACACCCCAAGUAAAACGAGCGCAUGGCCAUUCACACGAUGCAAGUCAGAUGAAUAUGCGAGGGGUAUUUCUUCAUGUACUUUCCGAUGCGUUGGGGUCUGUCAUUGUAAUUGUGUCUGCUCUAAUUGUGUGGUUAACGAAGUGGAAGUAUAGAUUCUACAUUGAUCCUGCACUGUCGCUUUUAUUAGUCAUUCUUAUUCUACGUUCGGUGUGGCCGUUACUUCAAGAAUCAGCUUUAAUUUUAUUGCAAACUGUGCCAACACAUAUUCAGGUCGAUGCUAUACAGCAACGUUUGUUGGAGAACGUAGAUGGCGUAUUAGCUGUACACGAGUUUCAUGUAUGGCAAUUGGCAGGUGAUCGUAUUAUAGCAAGUGCGCAUAUAAGAUGUAGAAAUCUUUCAGAAUAUAUGAAAAUUGCCGAACAAGUUAAGGAAUUUUUCCAUAACGAGGGUAUACAUUCAACGACUAUUCAACCAGAAUUUAUUGACUAUCAUUCUAAUAGCGAAAUUAAAGAGACUCCUACGGAAGAUUGCGUGUUGGAUUGUCCAAAGACUGAUAAGCCGUGCAAUCACGCGACGUGCUGUGGUCCUUCCAAACAAUACGGCAUGGAAAGAGAUGGUCGUGAGACUCCUUCACCUGGAGAGACGCCGUACAUGUGUAGACAGCGUAACAGCUUGGCACGUUCGACCGGCUCUAUAGGAGGAACGGAGCAGCAAGAAGUGAAUGAGAUGGAACGCGGACACUUGUUAUCACUGCCCGCUUCGCAUCCGACAUCGUUUCACUCCGUCCAAGUUCCCCACACUCACGUUAAUGCACCAACUGUCUAAGCUCUCAUUGCAUUAUCAAAUAUAUCUACCUCUAUAGUAAAAUACGCGAGUUGCGUCACGAUUUAUUGUACAAAUGUACAAUAAAUAUAUAUCUAUAUAAAUUCAUUAAUGUUACAGUUGAUGGCAGUGGUUGAAUGACA